ACACAUCCGUAUAUACUGAUUUCUCUUUGAUUAAUAUAUAAUAAUUAAAUAUUGAUUUACUAUUUUUAGGUGUGAGUGUGAUUUUUGGGGGGCGAUUUCGAAAUACUAGAAAGCCGAAAAAAAGGUUGUAAUUUUCUUGUUUUUUUUUUCUUUUUCGUGUAAUAUCAUUUCGCAGCUUGUCGUUUGACUUUUCUCUCGUCGUCGUUUUUUGGUUGUUCUUGGUAAUCUACCAGUAUGAUACUCGGCAACUGAGGCUUAAUUACUCGACCAGCUGUCUUCAUUUGCCGCAUGUAUCUUGGGAGGAUUUCAAGAACUAAACCGAAUUUACGAUUUUUAGCAUAUAAUAAUGGAGGGUGACAAAACUUGUGCUCAAGAAUCCUCUUCUCACCCAAUAAUGGAAACUCGUUCGAUAAACGAAGACACUAAUGGAAAAUUAAAUAUUUCCGAAUCUGCACAAAUAGAAACUCCGAUUGUCAUAACUUCCGAAGAAGAUUCGGAACAUAAACUUAGCUCCGUUUCCCAAGAAACAACCACUCUCCCGAUAACGGAGGCUAAGGAAGAACCACCGCUCGAAAGCCACAAAGAUAAUAAUAAUGUAGAAAUUAUUUCUCAAGAAACCACUCUCCCGAUAACGGAGGCUACGAAAGAACCACUGCUCGAAAGCCGCAAAGAUGAUAAUAACGUAGAAAUUCUUUCCCAAGAAACCACUCUCCCGAUAACGGAGGCUACGGAAGAACCACCGCUCGAAAGCCACAAAAAUGAUAAUAAUGAAGAAAUUAUUUCCCGAGAAACCACUCUCCCGAUAACGGAGGCUACGGAAGAAUCACCGCUCGAAAGCCCCAAAGAAGAUGAUACUAAUGUAGAAAUUCUUGCGGACCCCGUUUUUUCGUUGGAACAAAAAACGGAUGAUGCCACUUCAGCAUCGAUUGAUGAAGCUUCUGAUGGGCCCAAAAUCGAGCAGGAAAAAGAUUUAGAAACGCCUCCGAAAAUAAUUGCUCGGCUAUCGCCGGAGGAUGAUUAUAAUAUACCUCCUGUCUCGUCACCUCAGGCGAAAUAUGGUAGCAUUGGUCAUAAUAUUACCGCCAAAAUUGCGAUAAAUUCGAAUAAGAGUCAAAAACCGACCGAUCAAGCUAAGAUGACUAACAAUGGUGGGUUGACCAGAGGUCAAAUCGACACGGCGGCGCCUUUUGAAUCUGUGAAGGCUGCUGUUUCUAAGUUUGGGGGCAUUGUUGACUGGAAGGCACAUCGUGUGCAGACUGUGGAGAGACGAAAGAUCAUAGAACAAGAACUGGAGAAAGCACACGAAGAAAUACCCUUAUACAAGAAACAAUCCGAAGCAGCCGAACAAUCGAAACUCCAAGUCCUAAAAGAACUAGACAGCACCAAACGCCUCAUCGAAGAACUCAAACUCAACCUCGAACGAGCCCAAACCGAAGAGCAACAAGCCAAACAAGAUUCCGAACUGGCAAUGCUAAGAGUGGAAGAGAUGGAGCAAGGCAUCGCCGACGAAUCCAGCUUUGCCGCCAAGGCACAGCUCGAGGUCGCCCAAGCCCGCCAUGCUGCCGCCGUUUCCGAGCUCAAAUCCGUCAGAGACGAACUUGAGCAGCUCAAGAAAGACCACUCUCUUUUGGUAGCUGAAAAAGAAGCUUCAGUCAAAAGGGCCGAAGAAGCUGUUUCGAGAUCGAGGGAAAUCGAGAAAUCCGUUGAGGAUCUUACAAUCGAGGUUAUUACAGCGAAGGAAUCAUUGGAAUCCGCGCACGCUGCACAUUUGGAAGCGGAGGAGCACAGAAUCGGAGCGGUUAUGGCGAGGGAGCAAGAUAUACUCACCUUGGAGAAGGAGCUAAAGCAAGCCGAGGAAGAGCUUGAAAAGGUGACUCAGCAGGUUUCGUCGAGUAAGGAAUUGAAAUCGAAAUUGGAUAAGGCGACCGAAUUGUUGCGCGAUUUGAAAGCUGAGCUGGCAGAUUACAUGGAAUCCAAAUUGGAUCAAGAAGAAAAAACCGUCGGAAAAGAAGAACUUAAAGAGGUGAAGGCAAAUAUUGAGAAGGCGAAAAACGAGAUUACGAUCUUGAGAGUUGCUUCAGCUUCGUUGAAGAUGGAGCUCGAAAGGGCGAAAUCGGAACUUGUUGCGAUUCAGCAGAGGGAAGGGAUGGCUUCGAUCGCGGUUUCGUCUCUCGAAUCAGAAAUUAACAGGACGAAUACCGAAAUCGCCCUUGUGAAGGCGCAGGAGAAGGAAGAGAGAGAAAUUAUGGUGGAGCUUCCGAAAAAGCUAACCGAGGCUGCUCAAGAAGCCGAUCGAGUGAAAUCGCUAGCGCAAAUAGCUAAAGACGAGCUUAAAAAAGCUAAGGAAGAAGCCGAGCAAGCGAAAGCUGGGAAAAGUACGGUCGAGAGCAGAUUAAUUGCGGCUCGAAAGGAAAUCGAAGCUGCUAAAGCUUCCGAAAAAUUGGCACUCGCAGCUAUAAAUGCUUUGGCGGAGAGCGAAUCUGCUCAAAUUAACAACGACGAUGAUUCACAAAAUGGAGUAACCCUUUCUUUGGAAGAAUAUUACGAGCUGAGCAAGCGGGCCCACGAGGCGGAAGAGGCGGCGAACGCUCGUAUAGCGGCGGCACUGGCUGAAAUCGAGGUCGCUAAGGAAUCUGAAUUGAGGAGCUUGAGUAGGCUUGAGGAAGCUAAUUGCGACUUGUCUGAAAAAAGGGCUGCUUUGGAAACUGCGCUGCGAAAAUCGGAGAAAGCACAAGAAGGGAAAUUGGGAGUCGAGCAAGAACUGAGAAAUUGGAGAUCGGAGCAUGAGCAGAGGCGAAAGGCUUUGGAAUCGAAUAAUAUAAGUCCGAAAGUAAGUUUCGAGGAGAGCACAGAAACCAAGAGCUUUUCGAAUACGCCUCAGAUUUGGAGUCCGAAUUCUUACACGAGCAAUACGGAAACCGAGGCAUCGCCAGGUGUCAAAGUUGUUACAAAGAAGAAGAAGAGAUCUUUCUUCCCUAAAAUAUUGAUGUUUUUGGGGAAGAAGAAGGCGCACGCAUCGUCUAAGUCUUCGUAACUAUCGAAAACGAGUUCUUGUUUGUGUUUUUUUAUAUUUUUUUUUUGGUUUUACUUGUGGCGUGAAAAUUUCGACUGCCUUUGAAAAAAAAUUGGUCUCUCCUCGGGUUUUCGCCUGAAUAUUGUAUGUAUGUUGGUCCUAUUCUUGACAAACAGAUAUACUUGUAUAGGAGUGUGUGUGUAAUUGUUUUUUGUGUGUAAUAGUUUGAUCAGAUCAAAUGAAAAAUGUUCUCAUCAGAACUCUGAAUGUAAAGUAUGUAAUUUGUAAUGUGAUCUCUAGUUCACAGGUUUGCAUUUGUGGAUUUACAGGGAUGUGUUUUAUGUACAGUAUACCCGAUUUUUGUAAUUCGAUUUGUAUUCGAAUCCUUGUUUUC